UCAGCGUCCACGAGCCGACUCUUUGAGUUAAGUUUCCUUCUCUUUUCAUUCCGGUCCGUAAUAUUCCCCAUUUUCUGCGGAGUGUUCAAGUUCUUCUACUUUCAAAGAGGUGAGCUGGGACGUUACAUACCCGGACCUUCUCAAUAGGCGCGUCAAUGGCGACGAGAAAUCGACAAAGCAAGAGAAAAGCGGACGCUUUGAAUGUCCCACAGGUCGGCGAAGAUGCGGCGGAGAGGAAACGAGUGUUGAACGUGCUCGCCCAGAGACGGUACCGACAGAGACGCAAAGAGCACAUGGAGAAACUCGAGGCCCAGGUCGAGUCGAUUGCGACCUCGACGGAGGAACCGGGAUGGAGCGCAAUGCCCGACACGACACAGCAAGAUCAGAUCUUUUAUGAAGAGAGGAAGGGAAGAAGAAACGGGCCGACUCUGACCAAGUUCUCUACGGGUUCGUACGACGAUUCCCCAGAGACCAGAAGCAGUACAGGGAUCCUACUGGAUGCCGACGACGGCGGUGAGGUUGAGAUUUGUGGCGGUGGCGGCGGCGACGACCUGGACUUUGCACCAUUUCUACCCAUCCACAUGCAGCCUGACGUGCUGCCAAACGAAAGUCAAAUCUUUGUGGUGGACGAAGGGGGACAGGAAGCGAGAGGAGCAAAAGGGAACGAGACGGCCAAGGACAUUUUUGCGACUUUUGACGAGCAUCACCUCCACCACAACCAUCAACAACUUCUCAUCACAGACCAUCAUCAAUACUUUUUCGCACCAUCAACGUUAUCAUCGUCAUCAUCAACAACGACUCCGUUGAUACUCCCGUCCCUAGACAGCCCUUCUACUACCACCUCUGACGGUACCACCACCAUCACCACGCAUCAUCCCUCGUCUGUCAUUGUCGAGAAUCCAGCUGCUCCUCAUUGGUCCUCUUUAGUCGGGUCUUUUGGUCCUUUACCUGGCGACUUUGAAAAGGAUUCGACGAACGACGCCGAGGGUUUCCAUUUCCCUCGGGACCUUUCCAUCUCGUCGACAAUAGUCGCCAACCACACGGCUACGCCUGCCGGUCCGGUCAUCCAACAACACCCCACGACGACGACGACGACGACGACAACCUUCCCGGACGACAUGCACCUUCAGGUCCCCGAACUCGCCUUGCUCCGUGGUUGCAUGUCCAUCGCGCAACGUUUACAGAUUCAAGAUCUGAUAUGGUCAUUGACGUCGGAAUCUCCUUUUCCUCUUUCGUCGGCCACCCCAACGACGAUGGACGCAGCGACAGUGUCUGGCAACGGCCGCAGCCUCGGAAGUUCGCCCACCACCACCUCCACCUCCACAGCAAUUCUAUACGGUCAUCUACCCCCCAACCUACGUCCCACGGCGGCUCAGCUCAGCAUUCCUCACCAUCCGGCCAUCGAUCUCCUUCCUUGGCCGAGUGUCAGAGACAGGCUCAUUCACGUCCUGGCUCAACCGAUCGAGUACCGACCUUUGGGUGCCAAAUCCCCCACGGCCCUGGUGGAUUUCGUCUACGACAUCGAAGACCCGGCCGAGGGUGUACGGAUAACGGGUUCGGACCCUCAGGACCCUCGAAACUGGGAGGUCGGCGAAAAGGUCUUCCGGGGUUGGUGGUGGUGCUUCGAUCGGGAAAUCGUCAAGCGGACGAACGAACUGAGAAGGGCGAGAGGUGUCUCCUCGCCUUUGGGGGUCGUCGGUGGUAGUACCACCGUGGGGACGGGGGCCGGGAGGGGGAGUGUUGUUGAUGUUGUUGACGACCAUCUCACUUGACGGGAUUUUGAAUGUCCAUGGGAUUUCACUGUCGGGCAUCUGCAGAGAUACAGUGACAAAUAAAGACCGACCAACCAGGCCCCAGGCAUCAGCGAAAUAUACCAUGCGUACCGAUCUGUCAAGGAAAAAACACUAUUGUAUUACGCAACGUCUUGGGGGCCACUGAAUCUGAUGUACAAUACCUCUCCCUCCCCCCCUCGAGGACAUUGCGUCGAUGGGAACACCUCCCAAAAGGGUUCGAACAUGUAAAUACACACUCAGAAAUGCCGUCAUCAUUUUCAUGAUUUACCGUGCCCAAUCCAGACCUUACAGCCGAAUUUGAUUUGCUCAUCGCUUGUGAUCAUACAGGAGCAGAGGCUGCAUGGUAGGAGCACAGUUGGAUUCACUUGCAUUGUACCCGGC